UUUUGAAUCCGCUGAAUCUGAGAGGACUUGCCACUCACGCUGUUGCCGCUGGAGCUCUCGCGACAGCUCUUUCCUGUCAGUUCAGCUGCUGCGGGAGAGGAGAAGGUCGGUGUGUGCCUGUCCGUGGGUGACCGUCUGUCUCUCUCUCUCUCUCUCUGUUGAAUCGCUGGUUUCAACUUCCCUAUCCCCCCUUUUUCACCCGAUUAUUGACAUGAUGGCCCGCUACUGUUCCUUACCCCCUGCCGCGGCUGCUUCAUUGUCCCUUCUGCUUGUCUUGAUGGCCACUAGCCUCAGUCCUGUCGCUGCUCAAAACGCUGGUUUUGUCAAGUCGCCUAUGUCUGAGACUAAGCUAACAGGGGACACGUUUGAGCUGUACUGUGAUGUCAUUGGGAACCCCACUCCGGAGAUCCAGUGGUGGUAUGCUGAGAUCAACCAGGCCGACUCUUUCAAACAGCUAUGGGACGGUGCCAGGAAGCGCCGUGUUACCAUUAACACUGCCUAUGCUGCCAAUGGUGUUAGCGUCUUGAGAAUCGUCCGUCUGACAUUAGAAGAUUCGGGGACCUAUGAGUGCAGAGCAAGCAACGACCCUAGAAGAAAUGAUCUAAGGCAAAAUCCUUCCAAAACAUGGAUUCGUGCCCAAGCCACAAUAACAGUCCUUCAGAAACCAAAGAUCAAUAACAGUGACCAUGUCAUCAUUGUGGCCAAUAUGUUGCCCAUUGACUUACAGUGUAACCUGACCUUCUCACCUAAUUCACUUAAUGUCAGUUUUUGGAAAAAAAAUGGAGAAGAAAUUGCAGGCACCAGGAGAAACACAACCAAUACUGAAUACAGAAUUGCAAAACCCAAAGCUGAUGAUUCUGGCUGGUACCAGUGCAUGUUUUAUUUCUUGUCAUAUCCUGCAGCUAAUGCAACAAUUGAAGUUAAAGCUGCACCAGAGAUUACUGGCCAUAAAAAAAGUGAAAACAAGAAUGAAGGUCAGAGUGCUCUCAUGUACUGCAAGUCUGUUGGCUACCCUCAUCCUGAAUGGACCUGGACCAAGAAAGUUGAUGAUAGAUUUGUAGAAAUCAGCAAUUCAACUGGCCGUUUCUUCAUUUCAACUAGAGAAAAUUACACUGAGUUGAGUAUUGUGAAUCUGGAAAUCGAGAUGGAUCCUGGCGAGUAUCAGUGCAAUGCCACCAACUCUAUAAAUUCUACUUAUGUCACUACCAUUCUUCGUGUCCGCAGUCAUCUGGCCCCUCUGUGGCCAUUCCUUGGAAUUUUGGCAGAAAUUAUUAUUCUUGUUGUCAUCAUAGUCAUUUAUGAGAAAAGGAAGAGGCCGGACGAAGUACCUGAUGAUGACGAACCAGCUGGUCAGAUGAAAACAAACUCUACAAAUAAUCACAAAGACAAAAACCUGAGACAAAGAAAUACCAACUAACCUGAUUUCAUGCAUUGUGAUUAGCUGAUGGACUGAAAUCAUGCUAUAUCAAUUGUUCUGCUGCUGGAACUCCCAAGAAACGUGUUUAAGGAGUAUUUAACAAAUUUACCAGUUUGAGUAAUCAAACAUUUGAAAACUGUCAAAAGCAUGCCUUAUUUAGCCUUUCCUAGAAGGAUGACAUGUAGUAGAAGAUGAAACUUACCAAGGUUUUUUAAUUUUUAGAUGGUGUACAAAAUUUGGGCUUGGUGUGCUUAUUGAUGUUGCUUUUUCUGUGUGAAAAAUAUCUAUAUAUUAGAAAUAAGAAUGCUGUAUUCUGAAAUCAUGCAUGCACUAUUGAUUUUAUUUUUUGUCAAACUUUAAAUGACUGGGGCUGAUGGGAGGCACUGUUGCCAUCUAGCACUAGAUUUUUGUAAAAUGCAUUACAGGCUGUAAAACAGGGCAAAUGUUUGUAAUGCUAAAUUUAAUUUGCUUGCAAUUCAGACACUGUCAAAAUCCCUUAUAAAUCUAUAUAUUUAUACCUGUAUUAUAUAUAAAAGGUAGGUGAGAAUAUCAGUUUCCUUAAUGUCACAGUGUAAAUUAAACCCAGUUGUUCAAGGGCUUAUGAAAUGCAGCACAUUGUGCCCAUUUCUAAACUAUGUGCAGAAAGUCCAGCAUGCAAUAACUUGUGGCCUCAAGUAACCCAGUUUAUGAAAAAAUCAGCAAUUGUUUCAGAAUGGAUCAAGGGUGGGGAUAGAAGAGAGUCCUGUUACCUGCUUUGUUAUACAAUGUUCAUUCUUGCCUGUUAAAGUAUGAUUUUGUUACUCUGUUGUUUAAAAACGAAAAUGUACAUUCCAGUUUUUAUUUUUAUGUAGCAUGGUAUUAUUCUAUGCAAAAUUUUAUUUGGCUAAUAGAUAACUUUGGUUAUCAAAUUUUCACUGUCUUGCUUAGAGGGGGAAAAAGCUUUACUGUUGUGACAUUAUUUUAUGACAUUUUAUGGGAUGAAUAAUUUAAAUGCAUGUACUUGUAUAUAUUAUGGCAACUUAAAUUCAAAUGAAACUCUGGGCCCACAAAUUUUUAAAAAAAGUGAAUAAAUAAAUCACUGGUAAACAACA